UUAGCUCUUUUUCUUUACGAUAUUCAUCUUCUUUCUUCUCCGCUCUGUUCCAGUGUUUCUCACUUCUCAGAUUCUCUCUGCUCCAAGAAACCAUAAAAGCCCGAACCUCUCUCUCAUGGCUUCCAUAACCAAACCAAGAACCAACAUGAAGAACUCCAUCAUAGCAAUCAACCCCUCUUUCCCAUUCCUCCAUUUCCUCCCACAUUCACCUCUCACCGCCCUCCUCUUCUCUCCUCGAAAGAGCCAGAAGAGCCUCCACCUCUGUACCAACUUCUCCACCACCCUCCUCCUCUUCUCACUCUCUCUUCUCUUCUCCUUCACAUUCUUGCUCGGAAUCUUCCUCCUUGGAUUCCUCCGCUCAUACCAAAACUCCCCUCUUCCUUGUUCUGUUUUUUCCUCGCCUGAAUUCUUCUCAACCUCGCUCUCGUCGAGGUCCACAUCUGUUUCCGACAAUGACGAAGGAGUGCCUAGGCUUUCAUACAGUACCAUGGUGCCAUUACCGGCUCACGGCCUCUCCGGUAACCUCUCGGAGCCAGAGCGGGAGUUUUGGCAGCAGCCCGAUGGAGAAGGGUACCGGCCUUGCCUGGACUUCAGUAUUGGGUAUCGAAAGGCCUCCGCCGAAAUCUCUAAGGAGAGGAAGAGGUACCUUAUGGUGGUGGCUUCAGGUGGACUGAACCAGCAGAGGAACCAGAUUGUUGAUGCUGUUGUUUUUGCUAGGAUUCUUGAGGCUGCUUUGGUUCUUCCCAUUUUGCAGGUCAAUCUGAUUUGGGGAGAUGAGAGUGAAUUUUCGGAUAUAUUUGAUGUUGAACAUUUCAAGAAGACUUUACAAGCUGAUGUUCGAGUAGUAUCGACGGUUCCCUCUUCACAUUUAAUGUUAAGACAGCCUAUUCACUCCAAGAUUCCUCGCGACAUCACUCCAAAAUGGAUUCAUUCAAGAUUCUUUAAUCAACUGAAUAAAGAUGGACUUCUCAUACUUAAAGGGUUAGAUUCUAAGCUUACCAAGAAUCUUCCCUCUGAUUUACAGAAGCUUAAAUGUAAGGUAGCGUUUCAUGCACUAAGAUUCGCAGCACCAAUAAGACAGCUCGGAGAACAAUUGGCUAAGAGAAUGUGGAUAGAGGGUCCGUACAUUGCUCUACAUCUCCGGCUAGAGAAAGAUGUUUGGGUCAGAACCGGUUGCCAGACCGGUCUAGGACCCGAAUUCGACGACGUCGUAGCCAAGAUCCGUGAAUCCGAGCCCGAGUUCCUAACCGGGAGCCUAAACAUGAGCCAUGCACAGCGAAAACUCGCCGGUCUAUGCCCUCUCAACGCCUUCGAAAUGGCUAGGUUUUUGAAGGCACUGGGCGCACCGAAGAGUACUCGGAUAUACAACGCCGGAGGAGAGCCGUUCGGCGGCGGUAGGGCUCUGCAUCCACUCAUUGCGGAGUAUCCGAAUCUGGUGACGAAGGAGAUGUUGGCACGCGAAGGAGAGCUCUCCCGCUUUGUCAACAAGUCCUCUGCUUUGGCUGCUAUAGACUACAUCGUGUGUCUUAGUAGCGACGUGUUUGUGCCUUCGCACGGUGGAAACAUGGGGCGAGCCUUGCAGGGUCACCGCGCCUACGUCGGCCACAGGAAGUUCAUUAAGCCUAACAAGCGAGCCAUGUUGCCUUUCUUUGAAGACCCCACCAUUUCCGAGGCGGAGUUCGGCAGCGUGGUGAGGGAGCUUCACCGUAAGUCCUUAGGUCAGCCCGAGCCGAGGAAUUACAGGAGAGAUCGCGAUGUCAUUGCUUACCCUGUUCCUGAGUGCUUGUGUCAAAAACCAUAGUGUUGCCCAAAACCAAAUAUUUUCUAGGAAAGUUACACUAUGAAAAUCGUUUGAUGGUGUUAUUCUUUUGCAUUUUAGCUUAAUGCUUUUACUAUAAUAAGUAGUACUUCACUUUGGUUAACAUGUUUUCUACUCCGUUAGUAAUGGCUAUUAAUUUUUUUUAGUCUUCUUUUUUCGUUAUAUGAAUGAAAGGUCAGUCAAUACUCAAUCGGCAUUUGGAAAUGGUACUUUUUAUUUUAAUGUUAAUU